AUGACUAAAACUAAAACCAACCAACGAGUAAAAAGUGCCUUUGAUUCUUCUUCUUUUUUUUUCUUUUUUUUUUUUUUGUUUUGCCUUUUCCUUUUCUUGAAACUUUUUUCCCCUAUAAAACCCACGUUGAGCAUAGAGAAACAAGUCACAUAAACAUAACAAACUCACCUCUCUGUUCUUCUCUGUCUUUCCCUCUUUCUUAUUUUUCCUCUCAUAAGAGAAUUCAACAUAAGCUAUUGCUAUUGCUAUUGUUUUAUUUAUCUUAAAAUAUGACAAACCAAAAUGUGUUAGGAAAAUCACGUUUGAAUGAGAGGCUUAUGGAGUUAGCAAUGUCGAUUUCAAACUCUAAUGUUUUACCAAGAACUUCAGUACCAGAAUUAAUGGCUUGGUUUGAUGGAAUAUUGGCUCAGCCCAAAAACAAUUUCAUUAAACCUUUGGAAGAUAAUAACGGCAAAGGAACAACAACUAAAGUUAACUCAUGGAUUGAUUCCAUGAGAGCUUCUUCUCCUGCACGAACCAAACACGGUUCUGAAAAUCGGGACCAAACUCACUGGACCCUUUUCCAUCCGUCGGCGUUAAACAUGUUUAAUCAAAUAAUGUACAAUUCAAAUGGGAAACAAAUCGUAGUUUUUCUUGAUUAUGAUGGAACUCUAUCUCCAAUUGUUACAGAUCCAGAUAGAGCUUUCAUGAGUAAAAAGAUGAGAGCGACUUUGAAGGAUAUAGCAAAGCAUUUCCCCACAGCCAUCGUUAGUGGAAGGUGUUUAGACAAGCUAUUUAGCUUUGUAAGGUUGUCAGAAUUAUACUAUGCUGGAAGUCAUGGGAUGGAUAUUAAGGGACCAACAAAUAGGAGAAGCACUAAGAAAGGUAAUAAUGAUGGGGUACUUUUGCAGCCUGCUAAUGAAUUCUUGCCCAUGAUAAAUGAGGUUUAUAAAAUCUUGGUGGAAAAAACAAAGUGUGUUCCAGGGGCUAUGGUGGAAAAUAACAAGUUUUGUUUAUCUGUACAUUUUCGCCGUGUUGCCGAAAAGAGUUGGGCAGCAUUGGCUGAACAAGUAAGCUUAGUGUUGAAUGAGUACCCAAAGCUAAAGCUAACACAAGGGAGAAAAGUGUUGGAGAUUCGACCAACCAUUAAAUGGGACAAGGGAAGGGCUCUUGAAUUUUUAUUAGAGUCACUUGGUUUUGCAAAUUCUAACAACGUAUUUCCAAUUUAUAUUGGUGAUGAUCGAACUGACGAAGAUGCUUUCAAGGUUUUAAGCAAUAGGGGCCAAGGGAGUGGAAUUCUUGUCUCUAAAAUUCCAAAAGAAACCAACGCUUCAUACACUUUGCAAGAUCCAUCUGAGGUUGGGGAAUUUUUGCGGCAUUUGGUGGAUUGGAAAAGAACGAGUUCUCAUUCUCACAAGUUGUAGAGAGCUAGGAGAGAAUCAAUGGACGAUGAGUUUAGGGAUUUAACACCGACCCAAAUUAAAAAUUUGGUCAAGGGAUAGUUCAAAUGGGGCACCCUUUUCCUUGUUGAAAAUAGGAAAUAUUUUUAAUUUUUAGGGGACUAUAAUUAACUAGCUAGAAAGUCCAAAUAGGAUUAUCUAUUUUCUUUUCUUGGUUUUAAUGAAUGUAUGUAUAACUCUAUUCUUGAUCUUUCACACGUUUGCAUGCGCAUGCGGAUAGUGAAAGACAGAUGUUUUAUGCCUCAUUUGCAAAAUGGGACGUUUAUAACUUUCUUACUCUCAAUUGUACUUAUUAUUGUACGUGUGGAAAAUGUAAUGAAAAUGGAAAUUGCCGACUUCAACCAUGAAAA